CCUACAUUAUCCACAGCAAAAAACAGCAGCUUUGAAAAAAACUAUGGCUAACUUACCAGUAAAGUUCCUGUUGUGUUCUCUGGUGAUAGCAAUCCUGCAGCUGCGAGGAACCCAUGCAGUGUUAUAUGAAGUAACCAACAACGCAGCAUCAACUUCAGGGGGAGCGCGGUUUACUAAGGAGAUUGGGAUCACAUACAGCAAGCAAACACUAAAAUCCGCUACAGAAACUAUAUGGAAUCUCUUGAAACUAACAACACCAGCAGACAGAAAGAAUGUGAAAAAAGUGAGCUUGUUUAUUGAAACCAUGGAUGGAGUGGCAUAUGCAAGCAACAAUGAGAUUCAUGUAAGUGCCGACUAUAUUGGAAACUACUCUGGUGAUGUGAAGAAAGAAAUCACAGGAGUGCUGAUUCAUGAGAUGACACACAUAUGGCAGUGGAAUGGGAAUGGCCAGGCUCCUGGUGGGUUAAUAGAAGGGAUUGCUGACUAUGUCAGAUUAAGGGCUGGGUAUGCACCGAGACACUGGGUACAAGCUGGGCAGGGUGAUAGAUGGGAUCAAGGGUAUGACGUUACCGCCUGGUUUCUUGACUACUGCAACAGUCUCAGGUGUGGGUUUGUGGCAGAGCUCAAUCGAAUGAUGAGGAGUGGCUACAGUUCUGACUACUUCGUUCAGCUGCUGGGUAAGAAGGCUGAACAGCUUUGGAGUGACUACAAGGCUAAGUACAAUAAUGGUCAUUGAAUUUGAUCAGCUGAGAAAAAAUAAGUAAUAACAUAAUAUAGUAUUGAUAUUUCUCUAAUCAUCAGGCAAAGCUAAGAUAAGCUGCAUAGACAGACAAGAAAGUCUCCUAUGCAUUCCAUCUAUAUGUAAAAUAUUAUCAAGGAUAAUGCUUGAUAUAUAUGUAAAAGCUAUAUAGAAAUAAGAAACUUUUAUCUUG